AUGGGGGAUGAAAUGUUACCGGAUUAUGUCAUGGGUAAAUUCGAUGUCAAGUGGUCAGAUGUGGACUUCGUAUAUACGACAACAAACAUCGAUCAACAUUGGAUGUUGAUAGCAUUCAAUCUAAAUAGAGACCAGUUGUUCGUAUUUGAUUCACUACCAUCCAUGACAUCGAAGAAGAAGCUGGAGUCUUUCCUUGAGCCGUUGACUUACACCCUACCAUCGCUUCUUCACUACUGUGACUUGAAACGUUGGAAGCCAGACAUCAAAACAUCUCGUUGGAAGAUAUCUCAACCUACCUCUACGAAUACACAAUAUGGGUUGUUAGAUUGUGGAAUAUUUGUUGUGAAAUUAUUAGAACAUUUAGUGACUGGUAAUGCCCUAUCUGAAAUAACUCAGGAUAAGAUCACUGACUAUAGGAUGAAAUUGGCAUGUCAAUUGUGGACAAACACUCCAUAUUAUUGA